CCGGUUAUCACAUGACCUGUCAGUAGCCUAGUCACUAUGUUAGAAAAAGAGGUUUUUCUCUGAGAAUAUGGAUUGUUAGAAAUAUUCUUAAUAAAUGGUGUUGAUACCAGAACAGAAUGUUGUAUUGGACAGGAGGAGAUCAAAUAAGAUUUUAGUUUGAUCAACAAAUUGGAAAGUGUUUGAGAGAAAGGUAUCAAGAUGGAGAGAAGUAUCAAUAUGAAUAAUGAGGCAGAACUUUUGUUGAGUCCAUCUCGGACAGUUAAAUCUUAUACUAAACCUAAUGAUAGAUACCACUUGGUAUAUCUGAUAUUUAUAUUUCUGGGAAUGGCCUGUUUACUUCCCUGGAAUUUCUUUAUAACGGCAGAAGACUAUUUUCGAUAUAAACUAAGAAACACCAGUCUUCCUGAGGAUAUGCAUUACACUAAAAGUAAUCAAACCCUGAAUCAACGUUUAUUUGUGAGUUAUCUCUCCAUUACUUCCAUGGCAACCAACACAGUAUUUAUGAUUUUGACGACUUUGUUUAUUAGAAGUAUACCCAUCAAUAUUCGAAUGAUAACUUCCAUUUUGAUAAUUACUGUGGUAUUUAUUGAAACUACUAUCUUGGUACGCGUUGACUCUGAUGAAUGGCAACAUGUUUUUUUCAUUUUGACAUUAUCAUCUGCUGCUGUGGUUAUGGCUGCUGUAUCUGUGACAACUGGCUCUGCUAUAGGACUCUCUUGUUUAUUUCCUGUUCGAUACACCCAAGCCUGUAUGAUUGGACAAGCUGUUGGUGGAACUUUUUCAGCUCUGGCUAGAAUAUUUUCCAUUAUGGGAAAAGGAAGUGAAACUGACAGUGCCUUUGGAUUCUUUUUAACUGCUUCCAUUAUUUCACUGUUAUCGUUAGUGGCUUAUGGAUUGUUGUAUAGGCUGAGAUUUUCGAAAUUUUAUCUCUCAAACCAAAUCCAUGCUAUUCAAAAUUCGGACAAUGAGAUACCUGCCUAUAAAGAAAUUAUUGGAUAUCGUGAAUACAUUACCUCUAUAUUUAGAAAAAUCUGGUCACAUACUUUGUGUUGUUUUUUGACAUUCAUAGUAACUCUAUCCUGUUUUCCGUCAAUCUGUUCAACAAUUGAACCUAUGCAUCCUGAAGUUAAUAAUGAUUGGACCAAUUUAUACUUUACACCAGUGGCCUGCUUCCUGUUAUUUAACAUAGGAGAUUUGUUGGGUAGAGUGUUCACAACCUUCUUACCAAAACCUAGUCUGCGUCAUAAACAUGUGUUUUUGUUUCUGUCAAUUUUGCGUGUUGUUUACAUUCCAUUGUUGCUGUAUUGUAAUACUGGUUCUAAGAAUAUUCCAGUCUAUUUUGAUCAUGAUGUCUAUCCAAUGAUAUUUACUCUUACUCUCGGAAUAUCUAAUGGCUAUUUAAGUACCUUGUCCUUUAUGUUUGCUCCUAUGAAUGUUCCUAUUGAGCAGGCAGAAGGUGCUGGAGUUAUAAUGGCAUUAUCUCUGACAAUGGGUCUGACAGUUGGUGCUCUGUUGUCUCUGUGGUUUCUGACCAUAUAGAGAAUAUAGUAUUGUCCUGUAUGGCAAUACAGUGGCAUGUGUCUUGUAUGCUUAAAAAUUUAAUUCUGCAGUUAUUUCACUCAUUGUCCUUGUUUAAAGCCAGUUAAUGGUACGUCCGAUGAAAAGUUAAGUUUACGGCCCAAGCAUUCAAGAGUACCGGUACGUAUCUGGUACAUGUAUAUAUACCAUUCUUAGAAUUCCACUUGAUAACUGACAUUGGGCUCUAUCAAGUGGUAAUAGAAAUCUGUAUCUGACUCUAUCUCUUUAAAGAGACAAUGUUUUGAUAUUUUACAUCGUCCACUCAAGUUGAAGUAUAGAAUUUCCCUUGAAUCUCCAAAAUCCUUUAUUUCCAAAAUGUUAAGAAUCUCUUGUAAUAAAGAAAAUGUUUUAUGAUAUAGAAUAUUUUUGUUAAUGUCUCAAUUGUAAAUUUCAAGUUUAUUUUUCUAUCUUUACUUUUUCAUCAAUGUUUUGUUUUUUGUAUCUUUGCCUUUACUUGUAUAUCAUAACAAGACUUUUAGAGGAAUCGAUGUAAUGAAAUGAAACUUUAAGAUCUGAUUUUUCUGCUCCUUACAGAAUAAAUAAUAAAUACUGGCAUUGCCAUGCUGUGUGCAAUGAGGGGAAAGUUUGCAGUAUAUUGGCAUUGGUCUACCCAUAUUGAUUUCAAACUGUAAAAAUAUUUUCAACAUGUAGCCUGGUUGAUUACACAUUUGGCUCAUUAGAGGCUUUAUCUAUGAUAAUUUACAUGGAUUAAGAUAAUCUAUUUGAUUAAGAUUAGAAUAUGUUAAUUUGUAUUAAUAACAAUACUUAUUAUUAGUCUAAAACUUGUUGACUCUUGUCGAAUUUCAGAUGUUUUUGACACUUGAUAAUCAGAUAUGUAAGCCUAGCUUAUGGGCAUUAUGUAUUACACUGGAGCUUGGCCAGUGCUUCUAUAGGACAGUAUCUUCUUUAACACCCAACACUAUUGUUUAGGAGAAAAUACAUUUAAAUUCAAAUAUUUUUCUAACUUUACAUUGUUUCAAAAUUCAGAACUGCAUAGUAAGUUGGGACUCUUGAAGAGGGCAUCAGUCAGCAAGUUUCAGAUCAAGGGCCAGCUUUUGAACAGCUCAAUCACUCUUCAAGAAGUCAUUGUGAUAAUGAAAGUUAUCACCCCCUGUUAAGUGUAUAUAUUAAUUAUAAUUCUGUGAUAAUAAUCUCAAUAAAUCUUUCCUUUU